AUGGCCUCAGCUUGGAUUUCACCCCCAGAACGACCAGAACUCAUAGAGGCCUUGGUCUCAGGUGUCGACAGAUACAAUCCAUCGAACGUCGGCAUCCUCGAGGACUACUUGUACCACCAAAUUCGCAGCCAGGAAUACGACUGUCUAGCAAACCUCGCAAUCUUGAAGCUCUACCAAUUCAACCCAGAUCUCUACAACCCAGAUGUAGUCAUAAACAUCCUCAUCAAAUCCCUCUCCGCCUCCCCUCUUCCAGACUUCAACCUCUGCAUGUCACUCCUCGAAGAACGCCCGAUAAACGCGACGCUCGACGAGCCCGACCCCCUCCCAACCCUUCUGCCCGUCUUGCGACACCUCCACAACCUCUUGUUCCGAUGCCGCUUCCCCGCGUUCUGGGCGACGUACAAGUCGGAGCAGCUGGAGAAUCUGCGGGAUAACUACACUGUCGAGUGCGCUGGGUUCGAGGAUUCGAUAAGAGAUGUUGCAAUCCGGGCGGUGAAAGCAGCGUUCACGCGCAUCAGUCCGCAGAGGUUGGGCUCGUACCUCGAUCUGCAAGGUGCUGAGCUUGAUGCGUACGUCCAAAGGCUAGGCUGGGCCGCUGAUGCAUCUACGUCAAUGAUCACCAUCCCUCCCAACCCCGACAACCAGAUCGAAGCCACCGUGGUGCAAGAAAACAUCAAGCUACCGCAGGUUACAAAAAUCAUCUCGUUCGCAGCAACGAAGGCGUAG